GCCCUAACCUCAAUUCAAUCUUCUCUUUCACCCACCUAAAGAAAUGAUGAUAUGCUGAUAAUGUUCAUAUGCUCACUUAUUCUAUCCAAUUAUUCCUCUGCACUUCACUUCCCAUCUGCUUCUAUCCCUCAUUACAACUAGUCAAUUGCUGACUGAACUGACUUACUUAACUCAAUAAUCCACGCACUAUCAAUUGGCACCCGCAUCCGCAAAACCCGUAAUCUCCUUUUUAAACAUCCACUACCCGUACCGUACUACCACCAAACCCUCUCGAUUCACAUCAACAACAAACGCGACUUAGUCUCGAUACCCAUUAAACAGCUUCACGAAUGCCACACUUCGAAGAGAUGCCAUCGUUCUUAAAUGACGACACAGGAGGCUCUAUGUAUUCUUCGUCAUCCCGACCCCCAUUGGAUCUCCCCAGCCAUCUUCGAAAUUCACACGAAAAGCUAUCCCUCAAUGGUGCGAAUGGCAUAAAUGGUAUAAAUGGCAGAACCUCAACACAUGAUUCAAUAAGGAAUGGUUUGGAGAACGCCUCGGAUCUAUAUAUCGAUGGUGGUGCUGCGUCAAAUGGUCACUCACACCCUCACUCCAAUGGUAGCGGGACGACUGGCAGGCACCAAAUGAAUGGAGAUGCGCAUCAUGAGCCAACCUUGAACUCCUUACCAAAUGGUCGAUCCAGCGCAGGUAGUUGGGAUUACAGAUCUCGUUCUUCGAUGAAUGGCAGUACAUAUUCGGUAAAUGAACAACCCAAUGCUUCAUCCCAGAAUGGAAGGAGGAGUCCAGGUCCUGCAAAUGGCUUUAAUAGGUUGUCAAAUGGUGCUGGAGAUAGAAACUCUUAUGCAUCAACAAAUGGAACCAUCUCCAACGCUACCGUCGACUCACCACGACCAAUCACCACGAGUGAUAGCGAACACCAAAAUCGAAUUUCGAGUCCUCAAUCACAACCACAUCCUCAGAGCACAGGUCCCUUAACUUAUCAAUCACCUUUAUUACCUUCGACUCCAGUACCUACGAAUAAUUCAUUACCUACACCCGAAACGCCAGGUCGUUCCACAAGUACUUCACCACUGCCACAACCACAACUACAACCACAACAACCACAAAGAUUUUCUUCUCUUUCCUCGCCUCCAACAUAUCCACCGCCCUCUUCACCCUCACAAAACUCCCUUCAACACCCUGGCUCAACUCAGUUGAAGCAUCGACAUACACUAGAAGUACCUAAAGUGAGUUCGGGUAGAAAUUCAAGGGAUGGUAAUGACGCGGUCUUUACGAGUGGAAGAUUCUCUCCAACUUCGGUAGCUACAGCAGGUGCUAGACGUGGAUCCUCAAGUAUCAAUAGACGAAAUACACAAUCGAUACAUUCUAAUAUGCCUCACGAGGAGGUUCCUCCGGAUGAGGAUGCACUUAGAUGGGCAGAAGCUGUACGACAGAAGCGUGCGAGUAAGAGAAGAAAGAAGGAUGAGGAAGAUGAUGAUAGAGUGGUUGUGGGAACGAAAGUUGACCAAAACCAUGUUAAUUGGGUUACGGCAUAUAACAUGUUGACGGGCAUUCGCUUUACCGUUUCGAGAACGAACGCGAAGCUGGAUAGACCAUUGACUGAUGCGGAUUUCGAGGCCAAGCACAAAUUCUCGUUUGAUAUUACUGGGAAUGAGUUGACCCCAUCUGCAAAGUACGAUUUCAAAUUCAAGGACUACGCGCCAUGGGUAUUUCGAAGUCUUCGGGCAAGAUUCAAGUUGGAUCCUGCAGAUUAUCUCAUGUCAUUGACAAGCAAAUACAUUCUUUCUGAAUUAGGAUCACCUGGAAAGAGUGGAAGUUUCUUCUACUUCUCGAGAGAUUACAAAUAUAUCAUCAAAACGAUUCAUCAUUCCGAACAUAAGUUCCUGAGAAAGAUUUUGAAGGAUUACUACCACCAUGUGGAGGACAAUCCUAACACACUUCUAUCCCAAUUUUAUGGACUUCAUCGAGUGAAGAUUCCUUAUGGAAGAAAGAUUCAUUUUGUGGUCAUGAACAACCUGUUCCCACCACACCGCGAUGUCCAUCAAACCUUUGAUUUGAAAGGAUCAACCAUUGGUCGAGAUUUCAAAGAAGAGAACCUAGAACAAAACCCUCGUGCUACGCUCAAGGACUUGAAUUGGCUUCGACGAAACCUUCACCUGGAAUUUGGGCCGGAGAAGAGACGAGUCUUCUUCGAACAAAUGGAGAAGGAUGUAGCAUUAUUGCAAAAACUGAAGAUUAUGGAUUAUAGUAUGUUGGUCGGAAUACAUGAUUUGACUAAGGGGAACGAAGAAAAUCUACGGGACAAAACUUUACAAGUCUUCCAGCCCGGGGGAGAUAGCCCAGUAGAUGAUUCUGGACCACCUGGACCUUUAAUGAGAACUCCUAGUAAACUGGAGAGUGCUAGGAAAGCGAGAGAAUUACGCCAGAUCAUCAAGCAGGAAAAGCCAAUUCCAAUGGGUCAAAGCAGUUCACGAAUGCCGGAUGAGAUUGAAGAAGAAAACAAGAAAGAUUUCACAUUUUAUAGUGAUGAUGGCGGAUUCCGAGCGACACAUGAAGAUAAUAGUCCCGGAGAGGAAAUUUUCUUCUUGUCGAUUAUUGAUUGUCUUACUCAUUAUGGCACUCUUAAGAAACUCGAACAUCUCUUCAAGGGUCUCAAGCAUGAUAAGAAACUGAUUUCUCCCAUCAACCCCCAACCUUAUGGCAACCGUUUCAUCGAAUUUAUUGAGGGAAUUACAAAAUCUCAAGAAGAAGCCGCUCGAGAAGAAGAAUGUCCUCUCCCACCCGUACCCCACACAGACUCCAACCUUACCAUGGGUUCUACACGCCGACGUUCAAAUAGUGCACAUAUGCAUCGUACCGUCACAAACAACACUACCAUUCAACGUGCUGAAAAUGAAGCCUUGAGAACUGAGCAUGAUGGAAGACGAGAGCAUAUCGAACCUAGAACCGUAUCGACAGUUAGAAGCCCAAGUGCGGAAAGGACGAAUGGACUACAGGGACAGAUACUUCCAGUUGUCGAGGAAAUGGGAGAAGCGAGUAGUACAGGAGGAAGAAGUGGAAGGAGUAUUAGGAGUACACAUGAUGAUGACGAGAGAAGGCCAGCUACGCCUGCCAAAGAUUAUCCUCCCAGUUUGAAUGAUAAUCAAGGAAGACCGCAAAGUUUAAGGAGGAUGAUUAGCAGGAGUAGCUUGGAGAAACAAUUACCGCCUUUGCCGCCAAAUGGAAGAGGGGUGGAAGAGAAAGAUUCUGGGAUUGGGAUAGGGAGAUGAUUUGUAUAAACAGGGAUCGUUUAGCGAUGGAUACAAGAGGAGUGAAAUAAUACAUAGCAAAGUUGAUAAGGAGUAGUAGAGUUGGAGCAAUAGUCAGUAGGCGCAGUGCAGUAAGUGGAGGAUAAGAUAAGAUACCAUGAUACCAUCUAGCGAAUCGCCUUUUUUUACUUUACUUUCCUUUUACUUUCUUUCUCUCUGGGAGGUUUUGUGGGAUGGGAAACUUUCAUUGAAUCUUAAUCACUUUUUUUCUUUUACCUCUGCUUGCUUUGAGUUUUACUAGGACUGCCAUUGACUGGCUUGGUUGAUUUAGAGGGUCAUCAUCGUAUUCGUAGUCGAGUUUCUUUUGUGUUUGUUUACUGUGGACGUUGAUUGAGGGGGAGGGAAAGAGGAGAUAGGAGAGGAGCGGGG